AUGAGUGUGGCCCACCCUGACUCCCUACCCCGCCGCCUGCGCGCGUACCUGGCAGAGACCGCGACGAAGCUGCCACCUCACAAAGACUUCUGGAAGCGGAUACGAGAGAUCCUUGGAGCUCAGCCGGCGCAACAAGAGACUGUUCCUCUUGAAGGGAGUUCCAUCCAGCGGCGUAGCGCCGAAGACUGGGUGGGACGAGCUGGAGAAGCCGAUGCCGCAUGUGCCAGACGCGGCCUACGGUACGUGCUCGCAGCGACCGCCUUGACGUCGAGGGUCGAUGGAGUGGAACGCCCACUCUCGGCACAGGCACUCGCUAUGCGCGCCGCCCGCAUUGGUUUCAACGCGCGUGAGGGCGUCGGUAUUCGGCCAGUGGAAGGCACGGGGCGCCCACUUCACCACGGCAGCGAACGAGACGGAGCCGACGAGCAGGGUGGGCUGGACGGCUCGACGCGGGAAGGGUGCCCACUUGCGCGGAACCUACGCAUUGGCGUCUCGGCUCCUGCGCGCGGACGCUUCGGGUCUGCCGCCGCUGCUGGCGACAUGCGGCCUCGGGCAGCGGCUCUUCUCCGCCCUGGGUCCCCUCAAAGACACGGUGCGAGCGGCCUUGCGCCUGUUCAACCCGUCAGCGGCACUCCCCUCAGUGUGCAGGGGCGCGACGAGGUGCUUGGCAAACAACGCAGAGACAGAUAG